GUAAAUUCUCAUUACCAGCCCGUUACACAUUAGAAUAAAAAAUAAAAUAAGUAAAAUAAACAAAAUCAUAAUGGAAAUUACAUUGGCCAUCAUUAAACCCCAUGUGGUACGUAAUGCUGUAGCGUUCCAGGCAUUGAAACGUUUAAUCAAAGAACAUUUUAAAAUUGUGGACUCCAAAGAAGUGCACAUUACGAAACAAUUAUCGGAACAUUUCUACGCUGAGCACAAGGGAAAAUUCUUUUACAAUCGUUUAAUAACAUUUAUGGGAAGUGGUCCCAGUUAUGCGUUAAUUCUGCAAUCACAAGAUAGCAUUUCUAAGUGGAGAACUAUGAUGGGACCUACUAAAGUUUAUAAAGCGGUGUACUCCAAUCCAGAUUGUAUAAGAGCCAUUUAUGGUCUCUCAGAUACACGCAAUGCCUGCCAUGGUUCCGACAGUGUGGAAUCAGCUUUAAGGGAAAUAUCUAUAUUAUUUCCAGAUUUCAAUAAAGAUGUGAUAACAUCAGAGCACAGCUGAUGGGUAUAAAAA